AUGAUACCGUCUCAGGUCGUAAACACAUACCCAUUGUCCAGCUACACCUUCGGCACCAAGGAGCCCAAGAUGGAGAAAGAUACCUCCGUCGCUGAUCGUCUCGCUCGCAUGAAAGUCAAUUAUAUGAAAGAAGGAAUGAGGACCAGCGUGGAAGGAAUUUUACUGGUACAAGAGCACAAUCAUCCUCAUAUUCUUCUUUUGCAAAUUGGAAACACAUUUUGCAAACUCCCAGGUGGCCGUCUCAAGCCAGGAGAGAAUGAAAUCGAGGGCUUGAAGAGAAAAUUGACUAGCAAGCUUGGUGCCAAUUCACCCGGUCUUGUACCUGACUGGCAGAUAGGUGAAUGUGUUGCAAUCUGGUGGAGGCCAAAUUUUGAAACCAUAAUGUAUCCAUACUGUCCUCCUCAUAUAACAAAACCCAAGGAGUGCAAGAAGCUUUUCCUUGUUCACUUAUCUGAGAGGGAAUAUUUUGCUGUACCAAAAAACCUGAAACUGCUUGCUGUUCCAUUGUUUGAACUCUAUGACAAUGUUCAGAGAUAUGGACCAGUCAUAUCCACCAUUCCUCAGCAACUUUCCAGAUUCCAGUUUAAAAUGAUCACUAACUGA